UACUAUCUAGGUAUAAUAGGAUAAUUCGUAUAUUUAAGUUGGCAACAAAGUUUUACCUCGCAUCAGUAUAAUAUGCAACAGAAAUAGAUUGAAUAAGUUUCUUUGCUAUUGAAUCUAUGUAAAAACGAAAAGUGGCGUAUGUUAAUAUUUUGUCUUUAUAAAUCGUUAAAUUUUAUUAUUACUUAUUCUAUACUGAUGGACUGCACAAUAUUUAAAACUAAUUUAACUUUGUUUCCUUUAUAAUUAAACGGAAAAAAAGAUUAGUGUUAUUGUGCUAAAGAGUUAAACAGUGUAAUCUUACAUAAAAUAUGAAUUUUGGAUUCGAUGCUUCAAAAACUCAAGGCAAUGCAACAACCACGACGAAUAUGGCUACACCAACAAGUUUCACAUUCGGCGUUACUGGAGCUGGAGAUGCAGGUAAACAAAUGACACCUGGGUUAACGAUUACAUCCGUACCAAAUAAACCUGGAAAUCUUUUCGGAUCUGGAAUAACUACUCCAGGCCAAAGUACAGGUUUUACGUUUGGCACUACAUCAAGCACUUCUGCGCCUACUAUAGGAGCAACAUAUGGUAGUAUUAUAACGAAUAAUCCGACUACGGGAUUUGGAGGAUUUGGUGCAGCCACAUUGGCUAUUUCUACGGCAAAUGCUAGUACUCCUGCUACUGUUGCAUCUACAGGAUUUACUACACAGGCACAGGCGUCUACAGUACUUACAGGUAGCGAAAAUGUGCAAACGUCUGCAGCGACUGGUCUAACUUUUGGAACAUUAAGUUCUGCAACCCCUAGUAUUACUGGAUUUAAUAUUGGUGGCACCACGACUACCGUUACAACCACUACCACACCUACUUUUACUUUUGGAGGUGCAACUACAACAACACCUACUGUAACAGCAUUUUUACAAGAUGCAACAAAAACGUCUACGAUACAAACAGGAUUUACGCUCACACCAUUCACUACUGCAGGAUUUGGAAUAACUAAUACAUCUGCCACUACCACAGCUGCAGGAUUUUCUCUAGGUACAACUACAACAACUUCAGCUGUACCUAUCUUUACAUUUGGUACAACUGCAUCUAGUACUACUGGUUUUAUGCUAAACAAAACAACAUCUGUUACUGCGUCUUCAAACAUUGCAACUGUCACUACUCAUACCACUUUAGGAACUACAACUACAGUCAGUUCCUCUGCUAAUGCUGUACAGCCAGGAGGUAUUAAUUUUUGUCAACUUGAGGAGUCCAUUAACAAAUGGACUUUAGAAUUGGAGGAACAAGAAAAAGUAUUUGUAAAUCAGGCAACACAAGUUAAUGUGUGGGACAAAUUACUUAUAAAUAAUGGAGAAAAAAUAGUAACUUUGAAUCAGGAAGUGGAAAGAGUUAAACUUGAACAACAACAAUUAAAACAUGAAUUAGACUAUGUUGUUGGUCAGCAAAAAGAAUUACAAGAUUGUUUAGUACCACUUGAAAAAGAAUUGGCAUCAUUAUCUGUCUCAGAUCCAGAAAGAGAAUACACUUAUCGUCUGGCAGAGAGUAUUGAUACUCAAUUAAAACAGAUGUCGGAAGAUUUAAAAGAAAUAAUAGAACAUCUGAACGAAGCCAAUCGAAUCCAAGAUUCUAGUGAUCCAAUUGUACAGAUUAGCAAGAUUUUAAAUGCACAUAUGAACAGUUUACAAUGGCUUGAUCAAAGAACAGCUCUUCUAACUCAAAAAAUACAACAGAUCGAUCAAAUGCACCAAAACUUUAGACAAGAAAACGAACGAAGUUUCAAUUUAGCUUACAAUUAAUUCUAGCAAAAGUUUUUCUACAUGUCUAUGAUUAAUUUCUAAAACACAAAAACAAUCAUAUCUUAUAUAUUUUUGAAAAAGAUUGAGAGAAAAAACUUGAUCUAAAAAAAGGAAAAUAAAUAUGCUUUUUAUUUCAUACUUUAUAAUUUAAUUAAUCAAUUUUUUUGUUAUACUGCAAUUGCAGGAACAAAGUAGC